AUUAUUUUUAUUUACUUUGCUUUGUGUCGAACCCCGAACGGCAACAGCAACAGAAGUCAGUGUUUUCGAUAUGUCCAUUGAUCUUUCUUGGUGGAAGAGACCGCCAGCGAUUGUAGAAGAUACUGAAGAUGUACUUAGAAAAUAUAUUUUGGAACCAACGAUCCCUAUCACUGAUCCAAUGCUUCAUUUCUGCCCGCGUGUUCCUGCCAUUCAUACUUUAUACAACAUACCUCGUGCUCCGGUCAGCUCUCGCGUAGUUCCAAUACGAAACCACGAAACAGGCAAAAUUAUUAACUUCACUGAACUUCGCAUUUAUAACGCAGGAAGCAAUGCUAGAAACUCAACAUCUUUGCAAAGGGAACCCUGUCCUGCAGCUGAUUCAACAAGAGGAUCCGCAUCAAACUUCCCCUUCUGGCCUGGUGGUUUUGAAGAACCGGAACAAACUAUACGGCUAGUUGAUACUGAUAACAGCGAUUUUGAAACGGACCUCAAGGCUUGUCCACCAGGAUUCGUCAACGGAUUGAAUUUCACCAAACAGGAUUAUUCUCAAAGCGGUAUUGUUGAUUUACUUUCAAUUAUUGAACAAGACCUUGAAACAGCCACUGUUCUGCAAUUGCACAAUGAUGAUGAUAAUGAACAAGUGCGUGAAAACAAUCCUAUAAAACGAUUUGAGGAGGUAUUGAUUGACGACUCCUUACUUGAUUCGGAAAAAAAGGAAGAAACUAUACUUAAAAUUGCAGAGGUCAAAACUAACACGGUUGAAACUGCGGAAUGGGCUGAAAUUUUAAAUGUAUCUAGGCCUGUCAUAGAUUUUUACUUGAGGGUUCCGGAUAUGGCUCAUAAAUACUCCUUUGAAUUAGAUAUUUUCCAAAAACAAGCUAUUAUUAAACUUGAGGAACACAAUCACGUUUUUGUAGCUGCACACACGUCAGCGGGUAAAACAGUAGUAGCAGAAUAUGCCAUUGCCCUAUCGAAAAAGCACAUGACUAAAACAAUUUACACAUCUCCUAUAAAAGCAUUGUCAAAUCAAAAAUAUCGUGAUUUCAAAACAAUUUUCAAGGAUGUUGGACUCAUAACUGGAGAUAUCCAAAUAGACCCCACAGCUUCUUGUUUGAUUAUGACUACGGAAAUUCUUCGCUCAAUGUUAUAUUGUGGUAGCGACAUAACUCGAGAUUUGGAGUACGUUAUAUUCGAUGAAGUUCACUACAUAACGGAUGCCGAUCGUGGACAUGUUUGGGAAGAAGUUCUUAUCUUGCUGCCGGACCACGUGUGUAUUGUGAUGCUCAGUGCAACUGUACCAAACACGCUCGAAUUUGCUAACUGGGUUGGCAAGACAAAGAAAAAGCGUGUGUUUGUCGUAAAUACACCAAAACGUCCAGUUCCACUCAAACAUUAUUUGUACACGGGUUGCGGCGGCAAAUCAAAAAACGACAUAUUUUUAAUAGUGGAUGACCGCAAUACAUUUUUGAACGAUGGCUACAGAAAAGCAAAAGAAACUUCUAUGGCUAAAUUAGCAAAAAAUAUAGCGAAAAAUUCUUACCGCCAAAACCAAUUUAAUCAUAAACAGGAACAAACUCUCUGGAUAGGAUUAAUAGAGCAUCUACAAAAAACCGACAAGCUUCCGGUUGUUGCCUUCACUCUUUCCCGUAACCGCUGCGAUAAUAAUGCAAAUGCUUUAAUAUCGUGUGACUUGACAACAGCUCGUGAAAAAUAUUUUAUAACAUCAUUCUUCCAAUCGUGUUUGCAAAGGCUUAAGCCACCGGAUCGAGUACUUCCACAAAUCAUUCAAAUCCAAAACUGUCUGCAGCGAGGAAUCGGUAUCCAUCAUAGUGGAAUAUUACCCAUUCUCAAAGAAAUAGUCGAAAUGCUUUUUGCUCGUGGGCUGGUAAAAAUAUUGUUUGCUACAGAAACAUUCGCUAUGGGUGUUAAUAUGCCAGCCAAGACGGUUGUUUUUGAUUCAACCAAUAAGUUCGACGGUCAAACUACUAGAAUGUUAAGACCAGCUGAAUACACACAAAUGGCAGGUCGGGCAGGCCGGCGGGGAUUGGACUCAGAUGGAACUGUUAUAAUAAUAUGCAAAUCAAAUGUUCCAGAUGAAAACGAUUUAAAAAACAUGAUUCUAGGCAAACCAAUGCGGUUGGAGUCUCAAUUUAGAUUAACAUAUGCUAUGAUUCUAUAUUUAUUGCGAGUUGAACUAGUCACGGUAGAAAAUAUGAUGCGACAUAGCUUUAGAGAAUUUGGAAAACAAUUGAAGCUGCCGGAAAAUAAAUUCGAACUCAGCAAAAUGGAAAAAGAAAUUUCAAAAUUAUGUGAGUUAGGCGAACACAUGAAACCGCUGUGUCAGUUUUAUGAUGCUGCAGCAGAGUAUAUUGACAAGUGGAACCAGUUGAUGCCUACGAUAUUUCUGUCACAAAAAAUUUCCAACGAGAUGAAACCUGGUCGUAUCUUGGUCAUUUCCUGUACACAACACUACAACAAAUUAGCAAUUUUACUGUCCUUUGAUAAUAAAUCUGCUAGCUUCAAGAUUCUAGUAUUAAACAAUGAAACAACAUCCUUGACGGUUGAGACAGAUAUGUUAAAUCGUGGAAAAUUGUGGCACCAGAUGUUGGCUUUAUCUGCUCAAUACAGAAAUUUUGUACCAGAAGAUAUUGGGGGUCACUGCGUACUUCAGAUAUCAGUUGAGAAUAUAAUGAUGGUUACUAAACAUUUCAUCAAAUGUGAUCCGAUAAAAAUUAUUCAAAAUUGGGACAAUAGACAAAUACCUAGAUUCAAGGAUCAGCCUCCGUCACAGUCUGUGCUCGAUGCAGUAGUUGCUCUCACUGAGCUUAAUGCAGCCGUAUUGAAUCAAACAACGCAGUUGGAGAGUCUAAAAUUUCAAUGGAAUUUAAACCAACUUAAACAAAACGAAAAUUUAAUAGCAGCAAAAGAAAAUUUACAGCAAUACGUUCCUUACACUGACAUUUCGAAUUUUGUACAAGAUUUUGCCACUGUCUUUGAUCGCAAACAGUUGGAAAAAAAGAAGGAAGAUCUCCAGUAUCAGGUAUCUUAUAAGAGCAUGUCUUUGUAUCCAGACUAUUGUAAUAAAUUAAAAGUUCUUCAAGAGUUGAAGUAUAUCGAUGAGUUGCAACAAGUUGCUAUGAAAGGGCGCGUAGCUUGCGAAAUGGGUCAGAAUGAAUUGAUUAUAACGGAAUUAGUACUCCGAAAUAUACUCACCGAUUUACAACCGUCAGAAAUUGCAGCCCUGCUUUCUAGUUUAGUUUUUCAAGCAAAAACAGAAAUCGACCCGAAAAUGACCGAAACAGUAGAAAAGGCAAAAAAGAUGUUCGAAGACGUAGAAAAUGAUAUAUGUCGCGUUGAAAAACUACAUGGCGUAAGUGAUAUGCAAGAUGGUGAUAAAUUGAAUUUUGGACUGGUUGAAGUAGUAUAUGAAUGGGCACGAAACAAACCAUUCGCAGAAAUAAUGGAACUAACAGAUAUCAAAGAGGGUAUCAUCGUUCGGUGUAUCCAGCAGUUAAACGAAACUUUAUGUAAUGUAAAAGAUGCAGCACGUAUAAUUGGGGACCCUAUAUUGCAUAGUAAGAUGGAAGAAGCCUCUAAUGCAAUUAAAAGAGAUAUUGUUUUUGCUGCGAGCCUAUAUACCUCUAGAACACCUAUUGAAAUUGGAGAUGAUGCCUAAUGAAAGGUUGAAGAGUUGUUUCUAAAUUUGUAUUACAUGUACGCUAUAUAUACCAACUUUUGCUCGCUGCACUAUACCCUUAGUGCCCUUAGCUAGCACACUUAGUGAAAGACAUUCGUGAGUCUAAGCUGUCAAAGGUGAAGAAAUGUGAAUUGCUCACCAACUCUUCCGGUCGACCGACCUCUAGCUUAAGGCAAUGACAAGCCAGGUAAAAACUCACUAAUUACGUGUCGUUCCGCCUACCUAAAGAAGACGUCUGCAUUAAGUUUGAAAUACAGUAAUGUUCCGAUUUUGUCAGUUCUCGAUUUUGUCUACCCCAAAUUUGAUCAGCUUUUACAUUUUGUUUAACUUUUGUGCUUUUAAGCAGGAUUUAUAAAACAUUUUAGUCUGCAUGAAACUAUUCUGAUCCCCAGCGGAGAGUUUUUGAAUAAAAUGAUGACUUUUUGUGGGGUCAAAAUUGGGGUUUUUUUCAGCGAAGUAAUA